AAGGAGAACAAGAUUAACUCACAUUUUAGCAAUGUGGGACUUGUCACUGUCUACAUAAUUCUGUGUCACCAGUUGAGACCCACUCGCCGCCUUCAUUAUCUACGAGUCCACUUUGACUUGGCUGCAGGAUUCGCCAUCACGGUUCUGGCACAUCCUCAAACUGUGGAGAUGGAAGAAGCCAGAGAACCUCUUAGUUCUCUCAACGGCGAUUUCGGCUUCGGCGGCAGCGAUCGGAGGUUCGCGUUUUCGCGGCAACCUUCGUUCCAACAGCAACCACCACCUCGCACGCCGACGACGACGAUUCCCUCUUCCGAUUCCACCCUGAGGCCCUUCCUUUCCCGAACCGAUUCCAGCAUUGACAUCCCCUCUGGGGUGCACCACCAUCACUAUGAGUCAUGGAUUGACGAAAAAACUUCUGGGUUGGUCCCAAAAUCGUCGUUUGUUUUCGCCAUCUUUGGAAGUGUUAGGUCUGGCCAUAGGUAUAUGAAGAGAUUGUUUUUGUUGAUCUCGCUCAAUGUUGCGUACUCCACUGCUGAGUUGCUUAUUGGUCUCUUCACCGGUCGUGUAGGUUUGGUGUCUGAUGCAGUUCACUUGACUUUUGGAUGUGGUCUUCUCACCUUUUCAUUAUUUGUUAUGGGUGCAUCUAGGAACAGAGCUGAUCGAGAUUAUACUUAUGGGUAUAAAAGGCUAGAAGUUUUGUCUGCAUUUACAAAUGCCCUGUUUCUUUUGUUUAUGUCAUUCUCCCUAGCAGUUGAGGCACUUCAUGCAUUCAUACAAGAUGAAUCAGAGCACAAGCAUUACUUGAUUGUUUCUGCAGUGACCAAUUUAUUUGUGAAUCUCAUUGGUGUGUGGUUCUUCAGGAACUAUGCGAGGAUUAAUCUUGCUUACAGAAACGCAGAAGACAUGAAUCACCACUCUGUUUUCCUACACGUCCUGGCAGAUUCCAUUCGCAGCGCAGGUCUGAUAAUGGCAUCCUGGUUAUUGUCAAUUGGGGUUCAGAAUGCAGAGGUCUUGUGUUUGGGACUUGUUUCCGUAGCAGUUUUUAUGCUUGCCGUGCCUCUCUUUAGGGCUACUGGUGGUAUCUUGCUCCAAAUGGCACCUCCUAGCAUCCCAACUACUGCUUUAAACAAAUGCUUGAGACAGAUUUCUGCGCUAGAAGAUGUAAUGGAAGUCUCCCAGGCGCGUUUCUGGGAAUUGGUGCCGGGUCAUGUGGUUGGUUCACUAUUGAUACAGGUAAAGAAAGGGGUAGAUGAUCGCCCAAUACUAGAGUUUGUGCAUGGUCUAUACCACGAGUUGGGCGUGCAGGACCUAACUGUGCAAACUGAUGAAGCAUGAGAUUAUCUUGACAAGUUUUAUGCUAAUGUUAUUCUUGAGGAUUGUAUACACGUCAAUAUCAUUGUUUAUUAAUCGUCAAGGGAUAGGAACAUGAUUUUUUAUGUGAGCGGUACUUUUUUCUUGCCAAAAUUAAUCAGUUCGGUUACUUGUUAACA